AUGAGGUGGAAUAGUUUGAAGAGUUUUUCAGAAUAUGUGGGAGGUGUUGAUAGUUUUCACAACAAUGCAGUUAUGAAACGUGAAUACUUGAUGAAACAAGGUCAGUCUAUUGAGCAUGCUUUGCAUAAACAAGAUGAUAUCACAAAAAAUGAGUAUAGAAUUCGGAUGAAUGCGUCCGUUGAUGCUUCAAGAUACUUAUUGCAACAAGGAUUAGCUUUCCGUGGACAUGAUGAAUCGGAAAAAUCUGCUAGUAGAGAAAAUUUUGUGGAACUUAUAAAGUACACUGCUAAUCAGAACGAAGUUAUGAAGCAAAUGGCGGUAGUGUUUCGAUUUGUUGAUAAAAGUGGGAUAGUCAAAGAGAUAUUUAUGACUAUAACACAUGUGAGUGAGAUAUCUGCAACAGCUUUGAAAUUUUCUAUUGAUGAUUUAUUUGCUAAAUAUGGAUUGAGUAUUAGAAAGGUCCGAGGGCAAGGGUUUUACGGAGCAAGUAAUAUGAAAGGUCAUUAUCUCUCUAAUUAUGCAAGAUUAAGAGAUUUAUGGGUUUAUGCUUUUUACUAUGAUUUGCAGAUCUUAGUAGUGUUCUUAGCUUUUAGGGAUGAGGUGUUUGAUGAAAUGCCUGAGCAACUAAUGCCAGAGAUUCAUUGUCUUAGCCUUAGGGAUAAUUUUUCUAGGAGAUGUUUUGACAUGAUUAAGCUGGUUCUUACUGCUUAUCCAUUGCAUGUUUCAUCAGAGGGAUCUGAGAUUAGGAAGUGUAAUGAGUUUGAUAAUCUUCACCAAGGGAUUGGGCUAGUUAGGUUUAGAAGCUUAAUGUUGAGGGAUUAG